AUGCAGGAAGACCUAAAGAAACUGUAUCAGGCUUCUCCUCAUCCAUCGUUCUUGAGGAAUGAACCAAAGAAGGUUCCAGAAAAUACAGAGUCUUUAGGAAAGAAUAUCUCAGAUGAUGUUGAGCAAACUGAUGCCCAUAAGGAGUCAAAUGUUGACAAACCCUUAGAUAAUGUGGCUGGUGAGGAAGUUCAUGUCACUCAUGAUGUCAGUGAUAACCCUAACUGUGAGGCUGAAACAGUAGACCUGGAGGAAUUUUCUGAUAAUGAGCCGUUGUCCUCUGUCCUCCCUAGCAUAGCCAAAAGGGUUAGGACUAGGAGAGAAAAGAAAACUGUGGCUCAAAGGUGGAAAUAUGUUUAUCAGAAGAGGCUGGCUUUGGAAAGGGAAUUAGCUCAGAAUGUCCUAGACUGUAAGGAUAUUAUGGAUCUUAUUCAAGAGGCUGGUUUAAUGAAGACUGUGACUCAGUUUUCAAAGUGCUAUGAGAUGUUAGUAAAGGAAUUUAUUGUUAAUUUGUCUGAAGAAUGUGCUGAUGCCAAGUCUAAGGAAUUCAGGAAAGUGUAUGUGAGAGGCAAGUGUGUAAGGAAGUCGCCUCUCAAAGGAAAAUUGGUGGCAAGUAAACUGAGUGUCAAGUAUGCAAUGCUGCACAAGAUUGGAGCUGCUAACUGGGUGCCCACCAAUCAUAAAUCUACAGUUGCUGUAAUGCUUGGAAAGUUUAUAUAUGAUGUUAGAACCAAAGCACAAUUUGACUAUGGCUCCUAUAUUUUUUAUCAAACUUUGAAGCAUGCAGGAAGCUUCAGUGUGAAGGGUCCUAUAGCCUUUCCUUCUCUCAUUUGUGGUAUUGUUUUGAAUCAGUUUCCAAACAUCUUAACUGAGAAUGAUUUUGUGAAGAAAAGAGACAACCCUAUGUCUUUCAAUCAGAAGUUGUUCCUAGGUACCCAUGUCCCUGACAUUGUCAUGACAUCAGGUGAGACAUCACGUGUAAGCAAUCAGCCAGGUAAAACUGCUGUCAUUGCAAUGCUCAAAGAAACCUGUAGGGAAUUAGAGGCAAUGAAGCUGAACUUGGAAAAAUUGAUUAGCUCUUUGGAGAUGACUGAAGGUGAUGUGCUAGCUGAUGAUGGAGAAUUUGGUGAAGCUGCUGCUGUUGUAGAAGAAGCUGAAAGACAAGGUGAAGAGGGAGAAGCAGAUGCCAGUCCUGAUGAUGGCACAGAUGAUGAUGCUGACUCUGAGUCAUAUGACUAG